GGCAGAAAUGUCUUGGAAGAUGAUUAAAGAAGGUGACCGAGUCCAAGUGAAUGCAUUUUCACACAAAGGCAAGAAAGGAACAGUCAUGUUUAAAGGAGAGGUAGAAGGCAAGAAAGGAGAGAUGCUUGGCCUUGACAUGGACGAAACUGAGACUCCUGAUGGAGAAGAGCCUGAACUUAUCUAUUUUAGAUCCGCACAAGUGAAGCUACUCCCAGCAGAUGAUAAGCCAAGAGGAAGUACAUUAAAGAAACCUGAAGGAGGGUUAAAGAAACCAGCAGGUGGUGGCCUGAAGAAACCUGCUGGAUUAAAGAAGCCGACUGAAGCUUCUAAGGAAGAAGAUACAUCUCAAGAAGAAAGGAAGAGUGUCAGAGGAUCGACCAAACUUGGAGGUCUCAAAGGACCAACAAGAGCUUCAGCAAUAAAGAAGCCUACUGCUGGUGAAGAAGCAAAGGCAAAUAAGAUCUCUAAGAUAAAAGCGGGAUCUAGGAUUGGCGGAGCAAAACCUGGUAUGAAGAAACCUGGAGAAGGACUAAAGAAGCCAGAAGGAGCCAAGACUCUUGCCCAAAAGAAAGAAGAUAUGAAGAACAAAGUCAAGGCAAGAAGAGCGGGAGCAGCUGGGCUUAAGGGGAAAGAAGAGGCUAAGAAGCCAGCUGUUAAAAAAUUUGCUAGGCCAGCUGCUGGAAACAAGCUAGCAAAGCCAACUAAAGCAAGUGAAACUUCUAAAGAAGGAGCUGAUGCUGAAGAAGCUAAAUAAAGAAGCGACUAAACUUGCAGGAUCUUCUUCUAAAGCUAAAAUCGGAGGAUUGAAAAAGACUGGAGUAGGAGCUAAAUCAGGAAUUGGAGGAGCUAAAACCGGUAUUGGAGGAGCUAAAACUGGUAUUGGAGGUGCUAAAUCUGGAAUUGGAGGAACUAAAUCAGGGAUUGGAGCAGGUAAAGGAAAGUUGGCAGGUCUUAAAAAACCAGCGGGUGCAUCUAAAGCUGGAGGUUUAGCUAAACCAGGCGGCUCUUCAAAAGUUGGAGGAUUGGCCAAACCAGGAGCAACUAGCAAAAUGGGAGGACUAAAGAAACCUGCUCCAAAGCCUAAAGAGGAUACAAAAAAAACUGAACCUGUAAAGAAAGUCUUGAAGAAACCUGCAAAAGAAGAGCCAGAUACUGAAAAAGCUAACAAGAAGAUAGAGGAACAAGAAACAAAUGAAGAAAUAGAUGACCAAGAAGCUACUGAAAACACAGAAGAUCAUAGAACUCAAGAAGAAGACCAAGAAGGAGACCAUGAAGAUGGUCAAGAAGGAGAUAAAGAAGAUGAUCAUGAAGAGGAACUAGAGGAAGAUUCUCAACCUAAGAAAAAGGUAUUCAGACGCCCUGGUGAAGAAGAAGGAAUGACUGGAAGUAAUCUCAAGAUGCUCCAACAAGCAAAGGUUGACCUUGCCAAGAAAGAAGUUGAGAUUAAAAAGAUGACUUCUGAACUCCAAGAAGUCUAUGAAAAGUUGAAAAACUCUGAUGAACUUCAUAGUACUGAGAUGGAAGUACAAAAAUUAGAGUUCGAGGCCAUUAUUGAACAAAAAGAGAUUGAUCUAGAAGAAAAGAACGAUAAGAUAAAGACAUUGACCAAGAGGGCUGAAAGAGCAGAGUCUAACCAGAAAAGUGUCGAUGACAUCAGUAUGUCUAAAGAACAACUUGAGGAAAUCAAGGCUAAAGAAGAGAAAGCAAAGACUGAUGUUGAGGAUAAAGAGAAGAUCAUCCAAGAGCUUCAGGCUGAGAUCGAGAAGUACAGUGAAGACAAUGCUAAUAAAGAGGAAGAAAUUGAGAGCUUAAAGCUCGAUAUUGAAACCUUGGUUGUUGAGAAGGAGAUUGCUGUCGAAGAGAAGCAGAUCAUUGAGCAAGAAAUGAAGCAGCAAGAGGAAGACAGAAGAAAGGCGAUGGAGGAAAGCAUGACUGAAGAUGAACUUAAGUAUCAAAAUGAGAAUCUUAGGGCUGCGUUUAGAAAACUCAACAAUGAUGUAGAGGUUGAGAGAGCAGCAUGGGAGAAAGAAAAAGCUGAGCUUGAAGAGAAAGUUGAGGAUGUCGAUGUACUCCUAGAUGCAGUUGAAGAAAGAGAUCAAGAGAUAGAGGAAAUGAGAGAGACUGUUGAAGAAGCUACUGAGUUCCAGCAGAUUGUUGAAGAGCUUACUGAAGAGCUUGUUGAGAAAGAAGAAUAUAUUGAUGAACUUCAGCAAAGAAUUCAGGAAUAUGAAGAAGUUCAAGCUGUACAAGAGGAAAUUAAUGAAGGGCAAAUUGCUUAUGAGAAUGAACUCAGAGAUGAAAUCGAGCAAAAGGAUAUCAAAAUUCAAGAAAUGGAGAAUGAUAUUCAGAUUCUAGAAGAAGCUCUUCUUGAGCAGGAUGAUACAGAAGCUAAGCAUAAGGAAAGGAUUAAUGAAUUAAACACAGAAGUAAAUAUCCUCAACGAACAAUUGAAUGAUGCUUAUGAUGAUCAAACUAAAAAUAAGAUUAAAGAAAUGAUGAAUAAUCAAAAGAUUCUCUCCAACAAAUUAAGAGAAUCAGCAAGGAAAGAGAUUGGAGGAUCACUAGCUGAGAUUAAUGUUGGAAUAUCUAAUACUCUUGCAGACCUGUAUAGCUCAUUUAUUCCUGAAAAGUUACUUAGAGAAGGAUACAUUUCAAACUUUAAUAAGAUCAGAUUGGUAAUCUAUGUUAAAAAUAAAGCAUAUUUGACAUACACUGAAUUGUGUAAGAGAAAAUUCAUUGAAGGAAGUGAUUUCUCUUACGGAGAAGGUGUUUCUCAAAGCUACGAGUACUUCAAGUACAUGUGCACCUUAGGGGAUAACUGCGUUAAAUGUUCUUCAUUAUGCCAAAAUAUUCUUCAUGCAUUGACAUUUAUGGAUGCUGAAAGUUAUAAAACUAUUGCUGAUUCUUCAUUCUGGCAAAACUUUGUCUUCGCUAAUUCGUUCCUUGACAAUAUGAUCAAUAUGAUUAGAGAUGAUACAUUGACCACAAAGGUAAGCCAAGAUGGCUUCCAAGAGACACUUGAAGAGUUUGAAAACUUCUUCAACGAAAAUAUCAAGAAUGUCGUCAACGAAGUGCUUAAGCAAAACCCAGCUGAUAAUGAAGAAAUGGAUAUUUGUGAAGUUCCUAAAAAUGUUGUAAAAGAAAAAAUCCAAAAAAUUGGGCUUGCUAUUCUUGCUUUAGGUUUCUACAUGAGACAGAAGAGCUUCUAUGAAGGAAAGGAACAAGACAUGGCUUUACAAGAGAGAUGCACUCAAGUAUACUCUAAAAUAAUCGACUCAAUUCUCGCUAUUGAUGAAAUUGAGCAAGAUGACCACGGUACUGGAUAUUUCAAAGGAAAUUUCCAUCUCAUCCAAAGACUUCAGGAUAAAUACGAGUUUGUUCAAAAAUUCUGGGAGGAAGACUCUAUGGCCUUUGAUGAACUAUCAAAACAAUCUGAGACAACAGAGCAGACAAAGGAAGGUGAGGGUGAAGGUGAUGAGAUCGUCACUGAGAGCGAAGACAAAACUCCCUCUGCAGGAAAGAUCAGUUAUGAUUGGUACGCUUGGUUAGACUCUGUUGACAGAGAACACUCAACUAUCAUGUCUGAAGACUCUAUGCAAGAGUUAAAAGAUAGAACAAAAGAAGAAAAUUCAAGCCCAUUCCUUAAGAAAAUGUCUAAAGGCCCAUGGAUGGAGCUUGCUAACAGGAUCAAUGAAUCUCUAAGUCAGACUGACGCCAUGAAAGAUGAGAAUGAGAAGAUGAUUCAAAAAAUAAAAGAUCAGAAUAUUGCAUAUGUUAAGCUCAAAAAGACAUCAGAUAAUCUUGAGAUUAUUAAAGAUACUCUAGAGCGUAAAAUAGCUGAAUUGGAGUUGGACACUCAAAAAUUAACCUCAUUGAAUGCUGAGAAAAAGAGAUUAGAAGAGAAGCUUUCCUUUAUCCAAGGACAACUUACCUCACAAGAGAAGGUUACAAAAACAUUGAAAGAAAAGAUUGACAAAUUAGAAGAAGAGAAGAAUCAGUUGAAGAAAAAGGCAGAAGAAGCUGCCAAUUCUGUCAAUACCAGAAGAGGAGAUAAGAGAAGGAACCCAAUAGGCAAAAUAAUUGGGAGAUCAAAUUCUUCUAAUAACCCAAACAAAAUUAUGGAUGAAAGCUCAAUGAAUGUUAUGUAUGAACUUCAAGAAGAAAAUGCUGCUCUGAAGAGGUCUAAACUCUUUAACAGAAUGACUAAGUUGUCAAAGGAUAGUAUUAGCUUUAACAAAUUUUUAAAUUCAGAAGAGGUAAAUGAAGAUAUUGAGCCUUCUCUGUUCAACCCAGUUACUAGGAGUCUCAGACUCCAAGAUGAGGAAGAAGCAGAAAUUCACGGAUCUAUUAAUGAAAUAAAUGGAAUAAAAUCCACACUUAGAGCAAGAAUGUGUAAGGCUAAAGUAUUUAAGAUUGGAGACAACAACGAAGAUGCAAUUUCCGACCCUAAGGUAUAUCUUGAAGAAUCUAUCAAACACAAGAAGAGUACACUCAAGAGUUUGAAGAAAGUCAAUGCUCAUAUGAAGAAGAUCAAUGAAGUCAUAUUCAGUGGUCAUCCAGAAGGUGACCUUGGAACCUCAUUCCAAAAAUAUACCAAUGCCGAUACUUCAACCAAAAUUGAAAAGUCGGCAGAUUGGAAGGUGAUUGGAAGAGUUAAAAUCAAGCCUCCAGCUGAUUACUCUUCUGAAAAGGCUGAAAGAGUUGAGAAGGUAUUCCUUAAUCAGCAGUCUGCUCAUAAGGUUCUUCGUGCUCUGCCAAUUCUGCCUUCCAGUGACUUAUUGGUCACCCUUCCUUAACAGGAUAUUUACUUUGAAAAUUACAUUACU